AAUCAAACUCAAUCAAAAAUGACCGGAAUGGAUAAUAUUAUUUCUCUGAUUUCGUUUGGCGUUUGCGGUUCUUUGUGAAUUUAGCUUCGGCUCAAAAUCUCCAAUCCUUUCUAUUUGCUUCUUCCAAAGCAGUUAUAAUUUCAACUUAAUUUUCCCCUCGUUGUAAUGAUUAUAAAAGGAUUAUUCAGAAGAUAUAAAAGAUGGAACCCUGUUCAUCCAACUUAUGGAGCCUUUUAUGGAAUGGGUUUCGGAGUAGGUUGUGGUGUUGGAUGGGGUCCUGGAUUUGGUCCUGAAGUUGUUGGCUAUGUUGGUUCUGGUUGUGGUGUUGGAUUCAAUGUUGGUAUCACUCUUGCUGGCUUUGGAAUUGGUCUUCCAGCUAACAUUAUCUUUGCAGCUCCAUACAACGCUUUUUUGGCAACAAAAAGCUCUGCAUUGAAGUUAGCACGUUCUGGUACACAAAUCGCAGAGGACGUUUGGAUUAGAAAUUUACCUCUUGUGUCUGAUUUUCAACGGGAAGCUGGUGAAAAGUUCUCUUGCUUUCGCCAAAAGUAUUUAUCAAUCAAUGGAACUGAUUUCUUUGAUGUGAAGAACAGCUUGCCUUUGCUUACUACAUCUGCCUGUAAAAAUAUACAAGCAUUUCAUGACCAGUUUUUCCCUCAUAAAGGAAAAGAUUGAUUCUUUUCACCCACAACUAUUGGCUUUGUGGUUACUUUUUGAUGAAACUCUUAGUUAUUUCCCCACAGACUCUCCUAGCCUUCGGUUCUAUGAUGGAGAGAACAUAUAACAUCAGUGACAAGAAAACUAAAAGGGUAGUUAGCAAAUAGAGAAGAAUAUCAAGUAUCAGUUUUCUUCUUUUAUUCAAAAAUGUUACCGAUUUCACGAUAUUUGAGAAAAUAUAUGCUAUUUUUGUCGUCAAGCCCACAAGUUGCAAACAUCUAUCCACUCUUCACUGAAUUGGUAUCUUGUGUUAUGAGUUGUUGAGAGAAGCACUCUAUAGAAUGCUUGAUAGAUUGACAAACUAGUAAAUAAAUAGACAAACUAGUAAAACACAAAGAGGAUAAGGAAACUAUCAACUAUAUAUAGGGAAAAGACAAUAGUUUGUUUUGGACGUGAGGGUAUAGAUGAAUUAUAAGAUGAAAUUGUCCCAGCACUUCUUGAGUUAUUUUAUUGUAACGAAUUAUAGUUCUCUGCGUU